AAACCCGGAAGCGGAUCGCGUGGAGUGACGGUCCCACCGCAGCGCCACACAGCCGUUUUUCCUCUUCCUGGGCCGAGGUCGCUCCUGCCUCAAGGCCUUCAUGGGGGCUGUCCCUCUGCUGGAACUCGCUGGCCCCUCAGCUGCAGGAUUGGCUUCUAAAGACUCUUGGUCCAUGAGGAAGAAACUCGGAAGAGGAAGAGGAAAGCAAAGGAGUCAGGGAUGUCUCUUCCUCAGGGUCUACUGACAUUCAGGGAUGUGGCCAUAGAAUUCUCCCAGGAGGAGUGGAAAUGCCUGGACCCUGCUCAGAGGACUCUAUACAGGGACGUGAUGUUGGAGAAUUAUAGGAACCUGGUCUCCCUGGAUAUCUCUUCCAAAUGCACGAUGAAGGAGUUCUCAUCAACAGCACAAGGCAAUACAGAGGUGAUCCAUAGAGAGACAAUGCAAAGACGUGAACGUCAUCACAUUGGAGAUUUUUGCUUCCAGGAAAUGGAGAAAGAUAUUAAUGAUUUUGAGUUUCAGUGGAAAGAAGAUGAAAGAAAUAGCCAUGAAGCACCCAUGACAAAAAUCAAAGAGUUGACGAGUAGUACAAACCGACAGGAUCAAACGCAUGCUGGAAACAAACCUAUUAAAGAUCAGCUUGGAUUAAGCUUUCAUUCGCAUCUGCCUGAACUGCAUAUAUUUCAGCCUGAAGGGAAUAUUGGUAAUCAAGUUGAGAAGUCUAUCAACGAUGAUUCCUUGGUUUCAACAGCCCAAAGAAUUUCUUGUAGGCCCAAAACCCAUAUAUCUAAUAACUGUGGGAAUAAUUUCCUGAAUUCUUCAUUACUCACACAAAAGCAGGAAGUACACAUGAGAGAAAAAUCUUUCCCAUGUAAUGAGAGUGGCAAAGCCUUUAAUUAUAGCUCACUCUUAAGGAAACAUCAGAUAAUCCCUUUAGGAGCGAAACAGUAUAAAUGUGAUGUGUGUGGCAAGGUCUUUAAUCAAAAGCGAUACCUUGCAUGUCAUCGUAGAUGUCACACUGGCGAGAAACCUUACAAGUGUAAUGAAUGUGGCAAGACCUUCAGUCAAACGUCAUACCUUGUAUACCAUCGUAGACUUCAUACUGGAGAGAAACCUUAUAAAUGUGAAGAAUGUGACAAAGCUUUCAGUUUCAAAUCAAACCUUGAAAGACAUAGGAAAAUUCAUACUGGAGAGAAGCCGUACAAGUGUAAUGAAUGCAGCAGGACCUUUAGUCGGAAGUCAUCCCUUACACGCCAUCGUAGGCUUCAUACUGGAGAGAAACCUUACAAGUGUAAUGAGUGUGGCAAGACCUUCAGUCACAAAUCAAACCUUGAAAGACAUAAGAGAAUUCAUACUGGAGAGAAACCUUACAAGUGUAAUGAUUGUGGCAAGACCUUCAGUCAGACGUCAUCCCUUGUAUACCAUCGUAGACUUCAUACUGGAGAGAAACCUUACAAAUGUGAAGAAUGUGAUGAAGCUUUCAGUUUCAAAUCAAACCUUGAAAGACAUAGGAUAAUUCAUACUGGAGAGAAACUUUACAAGUGUAAUGAAUGUGGCAAGACCUUUAGUCGGAAGUCAUCCCUUACUCGCCAUCGUAGACUUCAUACUGGAGAAAAACCUUACAAGUGUAAUGAGUGUGGCAAAGCCUUUCGUGGGCAUUUCAAAUCAAACCUUCAAAGACAUAGGAGAAUUCAUACUGGAGAGAAACCUUACAGGUGUAAUGAAUGUGGCAAGACCUUUAGUCGGAAGUCAUACCUUACAUGCCAUCGUAGACUUCAUACUGGAGAGAAACCUUACAAGUGUAAUGAGUGUGGCAAGACCUUCGGUCGAACUUCAGCCCUUAAGUCAUCCCUUACCUGCCAUCGUAGACUUCAUACUGGAGAGAAACCUUACAAAUGUGAAGAAUGUGACAAAGUUUUCAGUCGCAAAUCAAGCCUUGAAAAACACAGGAGAAUUCAUACUGGAGAGAAACCAUACAAAUGUAAGGUUUGUGACAAAGCUUUUGGGCGUGAUUCACACCUGGCACAACAUACUAGAAUUCACACUGGAGAGAAACCUUACAAGUGUAAUGAAUGUGGCAAGACCUUCCGUCACAAUUCAGCCCUUGUAAUUCAUAAGGCAAUUCAUAGUGGAGAGAAACCUUACAAGUGUAAUGAAUGUGGUAAGACCUUCCGUCACAAUUCAGCCCUUGAAAUUCAUAAGGCAAUUCACACUGGAGAGAAACCUUACAAGUGUAGUGAAUGUGGCAAGGUUUUUAAUCAACAAGCACACCUUGCAUGUCAUCAUAGAAUUCAUACUGGAGAGAAACCUUACAAGUGUAAUGAGUGUGGUAAAACCUUCCGUCACAAUUCAGUCCUCGUAAUUCAUAAGACAAUUCAUACUGGAGAGAAACCUUACAAGUGUGAUGAAUGUGGUAAGGUUUUUAAUCGAAAAGCAAAGCUUGCACGUCAUCAUAGAAUUCAUACUGGAGAGAAGCAUUAGAAAUGUGAAGCAUGUGACAAAGUUUACAGUUGCAAAUCAAGUCUCAAAAGACAGGAGAAUUCAUACUGGAGAGAAAGCUUACAAAUGUAAGAGUUUGUGAUAAGGAUUUUGGGCAUGAUUCACAGCUGACACAACAUACUAGAAUUCACACUGGAGAGAAACUGUACAAGUGUAAUGAGUGUGGCAAAGCUUUUGGUGGGUAGUCAACACUUACCAUCAGGAAAUCCAUGGUGUAGAGAAACUUUACUAAUGUAAUGAUUGUCACAAAGUCUUCAGUAAUAUUACAACCAUUGCAAAUCAUUGGAGAAUCCGUAAUGAAGAGAGAUUUUAAAAGUGUGAUAAAUGUGGCAAAUUUUUCAGACAUUGUUCAUACCUUGCAGUUCAUCGGCAAACUCAUACAGUAGAGAAACCUUACAAAUGUCAUGAUUGUG